AUCUUUUCUUUGCUCAUACUGAAUUGCAUGCAAAAUAACUACGGCGCAAGACGUCCUUGGUUUUGCACGAGGGAUCCGUUUUAGGAGUCAUGUGACCCACAGCACUGUUCUGCCCAGGAUUCUCAGAUGAAGACGGGCGGCGGUUCGAGGAGAAGCAGCGCUAUGAAAACAUGAACUGGCUAUCUCUGCUGUCCCCUCUCUCCACCUCUCCACCGGCUCAUGAUUGCUUCCUGGUUGUGGGGAAGGCUAAGGAUACCAGUGGACCACUCGUGUCUGCUUAGGAGAGCCAGGGACAGGAACCUCUUUGGGAAAAAAAGACAGGGUGUUGUCACUCACAGUGAUGGGACAGGAGCACCUCGAGUGAUCGACUCCAUUCCAGCGCCUCCAGUGAGGUCGGCCUGCAAGAGAAACAGGGGUCACUGCCGUGAACAGAUACUGCACAGGAGCCAAGGAGAUGAAGGUGAAGCUGGCUCAUCUGGCAGACAAGCAGGACCGUGCUCCGCGCCACAAGGAAGAGGGCUUGCUGCAGGAUUUUGAGAAACUCCUGAGCAGUAAACAUGGGGUGCAGGCAUUCCGCUCGUUCUUGCGCUCGGAGUUCAGUGAAGAGAAUAUUGAGUUCUGGCUGGCCUGCCAGGAUUACCGCGGCACCAAGUCCCCCGGCAAGCUGGUCCCCAAAGCCAAGCGCAUCUACAGCCAGUUCGUGGCAGUGCAAGCUCCCCAGGAGGUGAACCUCGACUCAGAGACACGUGAAGCCGUGACUGUGUGCGUGUCAGAGCCCACACCCGCCUCCUUUAGCGCGGCCCAGCAGAGGAUCUACACCCUGAUGGAGAAGGACUCCUUCCCUCGCUUCCUGAAGUCUUCUUACUGCCUGGAGGCCCUGCGCAGCCUGUGAGCGGCGCCCCCUGGAGGAGACAGCACGAAUCUGGAACUUCACUAAAACAGAGCAACGCUAACUACCUUCAAUUACCUAGGGCAGUACUGCUGGAGCUGCAGUAGUAUUAGUCUGCCCAUGCCGUCAUAUCUGUCUGUGUUUGUAGUUUAUUUCGUCCACUAACCUCUGGGAUUGUAACUUUGUUUAAUUUUGAAUACUGUACUAGACAGCUCCCUUUAUAUAUAAGCACUGUAACAAACGCACACCAUCAUAAAUCCUAAUGUGUUUUAUUUUAACAGUGAAGAAUAUAACAGAUUUUAAGAUAACAUUCUGUAGCUAUUUUUCCAUUUAUUAAUCCUUUCACCUCUGGAAUAGUAUGUUGUUGUUUUUCUGUUUGUUUUUUGUAUAGAGCACUGCACGAUUCCAAACCCCUGUAUAUUUAAUAUUGAACUAAUACAAGCUGUCAUUAACCCUA